AUGUCUAAGAGAGGACGUGGAGGUUCCGCGGGAGCGAAAUUCCGCAUCUCACUGGGUCUCCCAGUGGGUGCAGUUAUUAAUUGUGCAGACAACACAGGAGCAAAGAACUUGUAUGUCAUUGCUGUCCAAGGUAUCAAGGGACGACUUAACAGAUUACCAGCUGCUGGUUCAGGUGACAUGAUUGUAGCCACAGUCAAGAAGGGUAAACCAGAACUAAGGAAAAAGGUAAUGCCAGCAGUAGUGAUCCGACAGCGGAAACCAUUCAGAAGGCGUGAUGGUGUGUUCAUAUAUUUUGAAGACAAUGCAGGCGUUAUAGUAAACAACAAAGGUGAAAUGAAGGGUUCUGCUAUUACUGGUCCUGUUGCAAAGGAGUGUGCAGAUCUAUGGCCCCGUAUUGCAUCUAAUGCUAGCUCUAUAGCUUGA